AUGCCGACACCCCAGUCUUCCCCCAGCAAGACCACGCAGAAGGUGCUGUCACGAAAGACAUGGAAGCGAAUCGCGGUCUCGCUUAGACUCUUGGCCGUGCUCCAGAUCCUGUCGGGGGUCAGCAUGAUCGUGCUCGCGAUCGUUCUGCAAUGGCCUCCGGGAGAUGCCCUUACCCUGGGACUGUGGAUAAUCGGAGGCUUCACCAUCGUAGCUGCUGUCUUUGGAUUCAUUGGAUCUGCGCGUGUGCGGUGCUGCCUGGGCCUGCACGCCGUCCUGAGCGUCAUUGCAGGGUUGGGGCACCUGGGCCUCGUCAUCUACCUUUUCGUCGACCCAGCCGGGGCUGUCCAGAAGCUGCAGGACUAUGCCAUCGACAAGGGCCAUGCCCCCAGGUCCUCCCUGGAGAAGGCGGUGAGCAUCGGGCGCUGGGUCCUGCUGGGCCUGCUGUCCCUGCAGGCCAUCGCCGUCAUCUUUGCCCUGGUGGUGCGGCGGGUGCUGCGCCGCCGCGCCUACGAGGAGUUCAAGGACGUGGAGGCGCCGUCCCAGCAGGACCGCCGUGCGCAGCGCGAGGCCGACAUGCAAGACCUGCGGGAGAAGAUCGCCACGGUCGCGGCCGCAAACCGCGCCGAGCUCAUGGGGGCCGAGGACGGGAACCUCGCCGCCGUGGACCCCCGCACCUCUGCCGUGGCUCCGCAGGCGGGCGGUGCCCCUGCCCCACUCUCCCGGCCCAUAUCUGCCUGGACGUCAGAGCAGCAUGCCGAACCUCGUCCGCCCAACUUCAAGCCCAGCUGGACCAGGUCAGCUGCGGCUGCCGCGGCGCAGACAGAGUAG